AACAAGAGUGAAACUCUGUUUCAAAAAAAAAAAAAGAAAAGCUCCCCAUUUUAAAAUAAUACACAGGUUUUGCAGUGUAACUACUGGUGAGGACCAGAAAUCUAGUUGCUAGAUUUCUUAAAAAUAAAAUUUAUUACACUGUUUAAAAAAAGGAAAAGAAGUACACUUAUUUUUCCUAUGUGUAGUUUAUACAUGCUAAAUAAAUAAAGUUUAGAAAAUGGAAUUUAACAAGAGUGAAACCAUUGCCAAUAGUUCCUUCCACACAGGUGUUAAUCAUUUUAUGUUUUCACUUUUCUUUUGUAUACAUUUUAAACAUAGAGGAUCAUACUGAGUACACUGCUUUGUUAGCUGCUUUUUGCUUAUCAAUAUUUUGUAACUAUCUUUCCAUGUUAUUAAUAACUGAGUUUUAAUGCUUUUAUCAUAAUUUAAUCAUAAUUUUGGUUCAGCCAUAUUAGCUCUUUCUUGAUAGAUUUUACUGUGUAAUUUAAUAAUCCAGCUUUAGAUUUUUCCCUCUUAGACUAGUAUUCUUUAUUAGAUUUAACAUGAACUAAUGCUAUAAAUGAGUCAAUAUUCUUUUAAAAUUAUAUGUCUGUUUAUCAGUGUACUGUUUUUUAAGGCUAUGUAUUAACUGAGUCUGUUCUUCAGGCUUGAACAUGGGCAUACCUCCUUUUAUUGCACUUGGCUUUACUGCACUCUACAGAUACUGCAUUUCUUUUAUAAAUUGAAGCAGUGGCAGAGUUUGAAAGAGUUGACUCCAAUUUUGAAAGAAGUCCUAGUGUGGGUAAAAUGCUAUCAAAAGCAUCAAAUGCAACAGAGAAAUCUUUUCUGAAUGGAAGAGUCAAUGGAUGCGGCAAACUGUCUAUUUUAUGAGUAGACGCCACAGCCACCCGUCUUCAUCAACCACCACCCUGAUCAAUCAGCAGCCAUCAACAUCUAGGCAAGACCCUCUACCAGCAAAAUGAUUACAGCUUACUGAAGGCUCAGACAACUGUUAGCAUUUUUUAGCAAUAAAGUAUUUUAAGUGUAUGUAUACUGUUUUUCUUAGACAUAAUGCUAUUGUACACUGAAUAGACGACAGUAUCAAAUAAACAUAAAUUUUAUAUGCACUGGGAAACCAAAAAAAAAAAUUUAUGUGACUCGCUUUAUGUGGUGGUUUGUAAUGGAACCUGAAUUCCUCCAAUGUAUGCCUGCAGAUGCUCAUCCUUUACUCUUUCCCCAUUACUGUUGGUGCUCCCAAUUCUGCUGUCUGCCUUUAUCCAGUCAUAAGGAUCAAUGUGAUUUCUAGAUUCACCCUAAGCACUUGCCCUUGACCAGCUCAGCACUCAACUUCACCAAACACACAAACAUUAAAGUUCAUUUAGGAAGAGUGAAUUUUAGGAAGAAACCACAGGGGCCAAGAUCUUCUCUAACUAAUGUAGUGAGUCUUCUGAAUGUAGUGAGUCUUCUGACCAUUUUUUGAGUAUUACGUUGAUAGCUCAUUCAAAACAAAAAUUAUUCACACAACUAUGGUAUAAAUACAAAAAUGUGAUGUUAAUAUAACUUUUGGAUUAGAUUAUUGCCAAAUCAAGCAUCUUUACAACAUUAUAGUUUAGAGUAAUGUGUUUGGCUAAAUUAGGCAAUAAAAGUAAACAUAAAAGGUAAACCUUCCUGAUUAGUCCUUACAUUUGAUUUCUCUGUAUGUAAAACACUCAGAAAAACCAAAAAUAACUUCACUACUUUGUAUUUAUUUUUCUGAUUGAGACUUUGGAAAAGUCAAGAAAGACGAUGGUAGGUAUUUAUUUUUUGCAGAACAAGCCUGAGAUGGUACUUAGGUGCUACAUACAAGCUACUGAUCACUUAAUGACAUUAAAAUAAUUUUAAUUAGUUACUGCCUUCAGACACUACCGAAGUUUAAAAAUCCUACUGUUUUCCACUUACAUUUCUAGACCAAUGCUGUUGGACUUUCUUUCCCUUUAACACCAGUGAUUAUCCAGUUGAAUGUUGUUUCACAGAAAGGAAAAGUGCAUUUGUGUAAAAAUAUCUGGGGUUUGCCAGGGAAUUUUUUUCAGAAUGCUUUGUGGUUACAAAUGAAGCUUAUUGUUGUAUAAAUGGCAAGAUUAAAAUCAUAGAACUUUUUUGCAGUAGCUUAUGGCAUGAGUUGAUAAUCUGCGAAUUGCUCUGCGUGUGUGUGUGUGUGUGUUCACAUGCAUGUGUCAGCCCAUCUGUAAGUAGCUGGAUCCUGUGCCGUUCCUCCCCCCGUCUCCCACCUCACUUAUUUAGAUACAUAAAUAUGCACACUUUUUAAUCUAAGGCAAACCCCAAAAGAUGCAUAUGGAAGGUUGGAUGUGGGAGAGAGGUGUUUUCCUUUAAUUGACCUCUUGCAGCGUUCCACUUGAUAAAGUGACAACACUUUCUGAAAACUUAAGGUUUUUGAAUGUGUGGAUUUUCUCCCUACCUCUGUAAUUUCUGAAACUUUCUCUAAACAAGAUGGCUGGCACAUUCUGGGGACAGAGCAGAGACACAGAACAGAGACAAAGCCGCCCUGAGAAGGCAGACACACUUAUAUUGCUUGUGGUUUUUCAGUACAGCUGCUUUCAGAUGGGCCGGCUUGUUCUAAGCUGGUCCCACUGCCAAAGCAAGACUGUCACACAGCUGGUAGUACUUACUGUACUUGCGGGAAAGUAUGUGAUUCAUUAGUUGGAACCGUAUGUUUUUCACCAGUUCUGGUCAUGUUUUUGUUAGGAUGUGGUAAAAACAUAAGCGGGGGGUGAAGGGACAAUGGAAACAUGUGACUUCUUAAGGAUUGGCCUGAACCCGUUAUUAGCUAAAUUGUACACCGUAAAAUGUCGUCUGUACCUCAUAAGACAAAUGACUUAAUUUUUUAUUCCUCAGUUGAGGUCAUUUAGUCAUAAGUGGUAAAAAUUAUCAACACCGAGCUCUUUUUCUCUUUUUACUUUCUGUAAAGUAUUAUGAUCCGUUUAAACCCCAAAUUAUAAUAUGAAGAGAAGUCAUGCAAGUAAAAGACAUUAAUUUGCUGAAAAAUGCCCAUGACGGGUGAAGAACUUUAACUGGAGUGAACUCUUGCUACUGAUAAAAUAUGAGUAUGGUAUUACAGCUCAUAAGAAACACUUCUAAUACCACACGGUAUGAGGAGAACAAUAAAUGGGAGUUUCUUUGUCUACACAUGAUCAAGCAGACUCAAGUUGUAUGGCUGGAGGAUUGAGAGACUAGUCUUUUAAGUAAUUUUGGUGUCAUUAAUGGGCUUACAUCAGGGUGUCUCUGUAAUGCUCAAUCCUGGUAUUGUGCAGAACUGCUGGUGUGAGCUGUAUUGAAUACUGGCCUGUUAUCAGCAGGUUUUUGAGCUUGUGAAUAUCUUACAACUGCACUGGCCGAACCAUAUUCUUUGGAAAAUGAAUGCCAUUGCUGCUGUGUUGUGUUCUCCUUACAUAGGAAUAUGCUUUGACAUUUGCUUGCUUCUGCUUCAUUCUGACACUGGGGUUGUUUUACGUUUGUCCCCACUCCCAUAACCUGCUAUUGAGACAGGUGGUAUUUUCAAAGUCUAAGUAAAAUAUUGGCAGAUUAUGCCUCUACCCUCAGACUCUGUUUUUCAACUGUUCCUUUCUUAAGUUCUGUACCAUUCAUGCCUCACUACAUACACUCCGGCAGUUGCUGGACUCUGCAGAAUUAGAACCAGGUCUGUCUCUGACAAUUAGCUCAGCUGGCUGCAGGAUAAAUAAAGGAAUGCGCUCGGGGGCUGUAGUCUGUGACACAGUUUAACAGAGCGUAAAAAGGUGCAUCUGUUCUGUGCCCAGAUUCAGUCGCCUCACUGUCACUGGCAAGUUAUCGACACAGAGACAUGCCUGUGCUGUUUGGUAAACAAGCGGCAGGUAUUAAAUUAACUGGGCUGUGAGUGUGCAAAAGUGCUGCUUUAUUAAAAGCCCUGCUAUCUUGGCUCACUGCUGGGUCACAGGCAGUUGCUAGAACGUCUAGUAAAAUGACUCAUGGCACUGAAUACUUCAACAGCCUGUCCUCACUUCCAGAGGGGACCACUGACUUUUGAGAGCCUGAUUAGAGAGGGGAAAAAAGGAGAAAGAAAAAAGAAGACAGGGUGUAUGUGUGUGUUUGCCUUUUACGUUUUGUAGGCUAGUCAAGAAGGAGGUGAGGGCUAGCACCCCAGAGUCAGGUUUUAGUUUAAAUUGGGCUUCUGAAUCCAAUACCAAAUUGCAACCAGGUCUCUGUUUUUGUCUUUGUUUAUUUUCUCUGCCUUUCUAUCUCACUCUCCUCAUGACUGCUACUUGAUUUGAGGUUGAAAUAAUGAGGGGAUAACUGAGAGAUGAAAGUUUUGUUGUGUCUACCUGCACUGGGUAGGCAACAUGCAUCUUGAAAAUAUACUUGCAGGAAAAAACACUUUGACUUUUAUUAUAUUCUUUAAGCAUUUAUUGUCUUUUCAUUUAAUAUUUUUAGCGAAAUACCCACAUUUUAAAGACUUCCCGCUUUCAUUCAGCAGUGUAAUGAUUUUUGAAGUUUGUUUUCCUUUCAGCUUCAGGAAUGCUUUACAUAGGGUCAUAUGUGGUUGCCAUGUUGAAUUGUUCCUCACUUUUGUGGUCUUAUCUUUGAGGAGUCCUCUUAAGAUAUACCAAGGUCUGUAGGCAAACAUUACAAGAUAAUUUUCGGUACACACAUCUGUGCUAAAGAGACUGGUAUUUCUGAAGGUUUCCUGCUCCCUUCCUAGUUGUGUUUCUUUUAAGGGCCCCAACUAGCUCCUCAUCCAUUAGAAAAUGAUGUCAUCCUAAUGGUAUCUAGCUCCACACAACUUGGACCAAAAAUGAUUCCAGUUGGCUGUAUUUGAAUGUGAAUGACCAGAAGGUGCUAGACGUUCUCCACUGUAAUUGCAAGUGCCUACCUUGGAAAUCUGUCUUCUGGUCGUAGAGGCCCUUUUGUCCUCAUACUGGAGAUCUUACCAACACACAUGCGUUCCUGCUGCACAGACCCAUCUUUAUCGCUGGCUAUCUUUAUAUAGUGAUGUCUAGGUGGAGCAAUGGGAUGCCCAGGGUCGGGCGUAGGGAGGGUGGAGAGGAAGCAGCCUUUCUCAUUGUUUGCUUAGGAAGGAAAGUAUCCCACUAUCUAGAGAGUUAGUGAUGCCUCAGAAUCUCUUUAUCUUUGUAACCUCUUUUCUGUAUGAAGUUUAAUAAGCCAGCUGUGCAGUUUUUAAAAAGCCAGUGGAUUCCACUUUUCACUUGGACCGCCCCCCGCCUUUUGCUCUGAGCAUUCACUCCCUAUUUCCUUAUUUCCCCCCUUCUCUUUUCCUUUAUCUCAGGGGAGUUCCCUGAGUAGCAAGACUGAAAAAGAGCUGAGGUUUAUGUUAGAAGAAAUUAAGGUUAAUGAUCAUUGGCUCAUUUUCAUAUUCUGUGGGUGUGGAUGGAAGAGUAAUCAGUGCAGGUGGCCCUGCCAGUUGGGAGUUUUUCUUUGUCAUCAAGAAAAUAAGGAGAGUGCAGGGAUUGAAUUACCACAACUAUUUCAGGACUAAACAUAUUUCAUUUCCCGAUCGGGUCUGGUUUAAGGACACAAAGCUGACAUUAAUUUUAUCCAAAGAAAGCACAACAUUUUUUUUUUUGUUUCAUAAUUUGACUGAAUGCAUAGGGUAGACGCAUGUUCAAAUUUAAUUCUAGUAUAAUCUUACAAAUAAUUCUCUGAAAAGCAAAGGGGUUUUGAUUCAGUUUGACAGUUUAUGUUUCUUUGCCCAAUUACCACUUAGUUAUUGAAUGUUAAAAAGCUGCUUUCUAAAAUGUGCACUCUGACUGCACCAAUUGGCUUCCCAGCUGCCUGCUAUUACAUGCGAGGUGCUCUCUUCUAACUUUUUAAAGGAUGUACACAUUUGAAGUAGUUAUGUUUAGCUAGCAGAGGAAGUGGGGGAUUUGGUUAGGAAGUGCUUGCUGGCCUUGAAAAACUAUCAUGUGUGCAUUCUCAUCUCAGCCACAUAAAGAUCAUUCUUUAAAGAAAUACUUGUUGGAUUAAAAAACCUUAAAUGCUCAGAUAAACUAGAGAAAUAACCUUGAUUUUUUUAAAAAGCAUGACUUCCAUUUGGAUCAAUUUUUUAAAGUUUUCAAUAUGCUUUUAAUACCAUUGAUGUAACUUUCUACAAGUGAGGUAUUCUGAUUCUAUACUUGGAAAAAGAAGAUUUACAAGUUGACCAGAGACAAUAAAAGUCAUUGAGGAAGAGUGUCAACACUUGCCAUGCAUGGCCAUCCGUUGCACACUGGUAAACUGCACAUGUGAAUGUUUUCAGCCAGGGAAGAUUAACCUGAGGACUUGUGAUCAGUGUAAACAUGGCUGGGUGGCACAUGCCUUGGAUAAGCUCAGCACGCAGCACCUGUACCACCCCACCCAAGUGGAGAUUGUGCAGUCCAACGUCGUGUUUGACAUCAGCAGCCUGAUGCUCUAUGGAACACAAGCGGUGCCUGUGCGGCUAAAGAUCCUGCUGGACCGUCUCUUCAGUGUCCUGAAGCAAGAGGAGGUGCUGCACAUACUGCACGGCCUUGGCUGGACUCUGCGGGACUAUGUCCGAGGAUACAUCCUUCAGGAUGCUGCUGGCAAGGUGCUGGACCGCUGGGCCAUCAUGUCUCGAGAAGAGGAAAUCAUCACCCUUCAGCAGUUUCUGCGGUUUGGAGAAACCAAAUCCAUUGUGGAGCUGAUGGCAAUUCAGGAGAAAGAAGGACAGGCCGUGGCUGUACCAUCUUCAAAGACAGACUCAGAUAUAAGGACUUUCAUUGAGAGCAAUAAUCGCACCAGGAGUCCCAGCCUCCUUGCUCACUUAGAGAACAGCAAUCCUUCCAGCAUUCAUCACUUCGAAAACAUCCCAAACAGCCUUGCAUUUCUGCUUCCAUUCCAGUACAUAAACCCUGUCUCAGCGCCACUGCUAGGGUUGCCUCCAAAUGGGCUACUGUUAGAGCAACCAGGGUUGAGGCUGCGGGAACCCAGCCUUUCAACUCAGAAUGAAUAUAAUGAGAGCAGUGAAUCCGAAGUUUCUCCCACACCUUAUAAGAAUGAUCAAACACCCAAUAGAAAUGUCCUGACCAGCAUUACUAAUGUGGAGCCCAAAACCGAGCCAGCCUGUGUCUCUCCCAUUCAGAAUUCUGCCCCAGUCAGUGAUUUAACUAAAACUGAACACCCAAAAAGCUCAUUCCGGAUUCAUCGGAUGAGAAGGAUGGGGUCAGCCUCUAGGAAGGGAAGAGUGUUCUGUAAUGCAUGUGGGAAGACGUUCUAUGACAAAGGUACUCUCAAAAUUCAUUACAAUGCUGUUCACCUGAAGAUCAAACAUCGAUGCACCAUUGAAGGUUGCAACAUGGUCUUUAGCUCCCUCCGAAGUCGUAAUCGCCACAGUGCAAACCCCAAUCCUCGCCUUCACAUGCCUAUGCUAAGGAAUAACCGAGAUAAAGAUUUAAUUCGGGCCACCUCAGGAGCUGCCACCCCUGUCAUAGCAAGUACAAAAUCAAAUCUGGCACUCACAAGCCCUGGCCGGCCCCCAAUGGGUUUUACCACUCCCCCUCUAGACCCUGUCUUGCAAAAUCCUCUCCCUAGCCAGCUGGUGUUUUCUGGGCUAAAGACUGUACAACCAGUUCCUCCAUUUUAUAGAAGUUUACUCACUCCAGGGGAAAUGGUGAGUCCUCCAACCUCCCUCCCAACCAGUCCCAUCAUUCCAACCAGUGGUACCAUAGAGCAGCACCCCCCGCCACCCUCUGAGCCAGUAGUGCCAGCAGUGAUGAUGGCCACCCAUGAGCCCAGUGCUGACCUGGCACCCAAGAAAAAGCCCAGGAAGUCAAGCAUGCCUGUGAAGAUUGAGAAGGAAAUUAUUGAUACCGCCGAUGAGUUUGAUGAUGAAGAUGAUGACCCCAAUGAUGGUGGAGCUGUGGUCAAUGACAUGAGCCAUGACAAUCAUUGUCACUCCCAAGAGGAGAUGAGCCCAGGCAUGUCUGUGAAGGACUUUUCUAAGCAUAACAGGACCCGGUGCAUUUCAAGGACUGAAAUAAGGAGGGCCGACAGCAUGACUUCUGAAGACCAAGAGCCUGAGCGGGACUAUGAGAACGAGUCUGAGUCUUCGGAGCCCAAACUGGGCGAGGAAUCCAUGGAAGGGGAUGAGCACAUUCACAGCGAAGUGAGUGAAAAAGUCCUGAUGAAUAGUGAGAGGCCUGAUGAGAACCACAGUGAGCCCUCUCACCAGGACGUCAUCAAGGUGAAGGAAGAAUUUACAGACCCCACUUACGACAUGUUUUACAUGAGCCAGUAUGGACUGUACAACGGUGGGGGUGCCAGCAUGGCCGCCUUGCAUGAGAGCUUUACAUCGUCUCUGAAUUAUGGCAGCCCUCAAAAGUUCUCCCCAGAAGGUGACCUGUGUUCUAGCCCAGACCCCAAAAUAUGUUAUGUGUGCAAGAAGAGUUUCAAAAGCUCCUACAGUGUGAAACUUCACUACAGGAACGUUCACUUGAAAGAGAUGCACGUCUGCACAGUGGCUGGUUGCAAUGCUGCAUUCCCCUCUCGCCGAAGCAGAGACAGAAACAGAAAUUUACGGAUGGAAAGAACCAUAGGUCCAGGACAUCGAGACAGCCUGCAUCUCCGUAGACACAGUGCCAACAUAAACCUACAUCGUAAACUGUUGACCAAAGAACUCGAUGACAUGGGCCUGGACUCAUCGCAGCCCUCCCUUAGCAAGGACCUCCGCGAUGAAUUUUUGGUGAAGAUCUAUGGUGCCCAGCACCCCAUGGGGCUCGAUGUCAGGGAAGACGCCUCCUCUCCCGCAGGGACUGAAGACUCCCACCUGAACGGGUAUGGGAGAGGCAUGGCAGAGGACUACAUGGUCCUUGACUUGAGCACCACCUCCAGCCUCCAGUCCAGCAGCAGCAUCCAUUCCUCCAGAGAAUCCGACGCAGGCAGUGACGAGGGGAUUCUUCUCGAUGACAUUGAUGGGGCGAGUGACAGUGGGGAGUCGGCACACAAGGCCGAGGCCCCCGCCCUCCCUGGCAGCCUAGGGGCUGAAGUUUCAGGAUCUCUUAUGUUCAGCAGCUUGUCUGGGAGCAAUGGUGGGAUCAUGUGCAACAUUUGCCACAAAAUGUACAGCAACAAGGGGACCCUGAGAGUGCACUACAAAACCGUGCAUUUGCGAGAAAUGCACAAGUGCAAAGUCCCAGGUUGCAAUAUGAUGUUUUCCUCUGUACGAAGCCGAAAUCGGCACAGUCAGAACCCUAAUCUCCACAAAAACAUUCCCUUCACUUCAGUAGAUUAGUCUCAGAAUGGACACUACAAAUGCCAGCUCUCACCAGAUGGCCUACGUGUUUGAACUGCCAUAGUCAGUGUGCGCUUAUGUACUUGGGGUGUGUGUGUGUGUGUGCAUUAAUGUAUGCUCUGUGGCUACAUACACACACACGUAUUUCCUUGAGAUAAAUAAGAUAAACACUAGGUGCUUUUGAAUUUUUUUCACUUCCCUUUAUAAAAGUUUUGGGAAAGGAGUGGGAUCUUUGAUUUAAGGGUGAAAACAGAGUACCCCUUUAAACACACACACACACACACACACACAGAGUGUGCAACUAGCCCCAGUUUUGACAGAAUAAUACACACACACACACACAGAGACAAUUUGUUGUACCCAUGACUGUUGCCUGCAAAAAUAAAAGGGAAAAAAAAAAAGAAAAAAGAAACAAAAAGGAACUUCUUAUAGUUGUCUUUUGUGAACUUUAAGGUUUUGAAAGAAUCUUCAAUUAAAGCAUGGCAGAUUCACCUGUAAAUAUUUAGCCUUGAGGGGCCAUUGAUGUAAAACAAUUGUAUUGAUGGUUGUUUAACUUUUUUGUUUAAUUUUUACAGUUACAUCCAGCUGUUAGAUAUGCAGGAAAAAAUAGUUUGCUGGCUAGCUCUAUUCAUUUAUGUUAGCAUUAAUGCACAUUUUUUUUAAAAAAAAAAAAACAUGGUCUUGUUUUUACUACCUGUUAGAUAUAGUGGUAAUUUUUUUUUGGCAUGCUUUACAGCACAGAUCUGAUUUUUUAAAAUGUCCUGUACUAGUACAUAAAUCCUGUCAUGCACUUUUUUUCAUACACUACAAGGGGAUGUGUAAUAACCAUGCUUCUUUUUUAUCCUUAAACUAUUGCCAUACUUCAGUAAGUGUCUUUUUUAAAAAAAAAUUCACUUGUAUAAAAAUGGUCUGGUCAGUAUAGGGCACAAAUGCCAAACAAAGUAUUAGUGUUAACACAAAACUGCCAACUUUGCACAAGUUUCCAGAAAAGAAAAUACAAUUAGUCACUCAACAUAACCACAGGCCAAUUUGUCGGCCACCAGAAAACCGCUUUUUAAAAAAACACUUGGUGAUUCUUUCAAGUGCCGAAUGUUAUUAGAAUCAACAUUGCAUCCUUCUUGCUUAUACGUUAAGUUACAUAAAAGGAAAACAAAAUUAUGUGGUGUGAAACAGCCAAGGCAUUUAUUCUUCAGAGGCAGGAUAAUAUUUCAGGAUACAAAAGCCCAAAUUACUCGCUACGGAACAAAGAUGAAUACAGUAAAAGAGUUGAACACUCAUUUCCAAGGCCCUAACCCUUAUCCCUUCAAAAGAAAUCCUCUGAACUGGGUCGGUCUCUUGUAUGGCUGUCUAAUUUGUUGCAAAUUCUGCAGUCGUACUAUAAUUCAGGCCUGUUUGGUAGACAAAAUCAAAAGGCAUUUAACAGCAGCAGUACUUGGAAGCUUUGAAAACAUGUGCUAAACUUGAAUUGAGCAACACUCCUUUCUGAAAAGCCAGAAGAAGGGGAUUUUAAACUAGGAUCUCUCAAUGUUUAGUGUUUUGUGUUUCCCCACACGAUUUGUCAGAGAGAAAUGAAAGCAAGCCUGAAACCAAGCAAUUGAGAGUGAGAAAGAGGGGAGAGACUAUUCUCCAAACCUUUUUUGUUUUGUUUUGUUUCCGAUGUUUACACAUGUUGCCUGAGCUGGUUAACCACAUCGGCAGCCUCAGCUACCACAACAUACUGACUAAAUGAUGAUAUUUACUCAAGUUCAGUCUGCAGCCAAAACCAUUAGGGUGUGCAUUGCAGACUGGUUUGUUGUCUUUUUUUUUUUUUUUUUCCUUUUUUUUUUUUAAGUGGAGAGGAAAGGAAGAGAUAAACAAUUUUUUUUUUUUUUUUUAGUACACAAUAAUUUAAAGAGAAUGUAUUUCUUUUUUGCAUUUAAUGGCCUCAGACAUUUCUCUCAUCAGUCUAAAGUUAGAAAUACUCCUUUGUUUUAACUUUUAUGUCGUUUCCAUUUUUCAUGUUUUUGUAAUUAUUUUUUCUGUGUUCACAUCAGCAUUCACUUCCGUUAAAUUUGCCAAAGGAAACUGUUAAUAUGUUUCUGUUGUUAUUGUUAUUCCUGUAGGAUUUAUUGUACCUCACAGUAUUUAUUGUUUCCCAAAAUAAGCAUCAUUAGUUGGGGAUUCAGUAUUUUUAUUUGUGAAAAUUUCAGAAACAAUAGAUUCUUAAAGAUAGGCUAGCUAUGUCUAGGAGCUUUAUCUUUUCACCUCCUUUGGAGGAUGCUAUGGGGUUCAUUUUAAUUCUUCAUUUGUUCUACAGGGAGGAAAGACCAAAAGUAUUUGCCGUACAAAAGAAACUAUAUCUAAACACUAUGUUAAAUGACAAGUGUUUAUGGUAAAAAGUUGAGGAAAUUAGUAAUAACCGUUUUUGUUUUCUUGAACCUUUGAAUUCCCCAAAGUCUUAAUUGCUUUAUUUUGGUGUUGUGUUAAACUGAAUAGACAGAGAUGUUUUCCUUUGUUUUAUACCAUAUAAGACUCUGUACAGUAUGUUUGUGAAAGAUUGAACUAGAAUAAUGAAAGUUUGUUUGCAAACAUUUUGGUCCUCUCAGCGUUCUCUGUAUUGUGCUGUUGCCCCAUUACCAAAUGAUUAGAUUCCAAAAGGGUGGGAAAAUAUUUUUAAUAUCCCAACAAAACAUAGAAACUCUGGCUUUUGCAGUGUGCUUAGAUUACAUGUAGUUUUAUGAAAAUAAAUACACACUUUUAUUUCAGCAACUUUGAAAAGUUACAUUCAGUUGAGUUAGUAGAACCUAUCUUGUACAACAGCAAUGUUUAGUCUGUUUAAUUUAAUGUCAAAUAAAAGGUCAGAUAGCCCUCGUGAGUGAAUUACAUAGCUAUCAGCAGGUCACAUCAGCAAAUGAACCAGGCUUAGAACAAAUGUUUGUUACUUGCUGCGAACCAAGCUAAUGUGUAUAGCCAGUUAGAAAAAGUCCAGAAGUAAUGAGAUUCUAGAAGUAGAGUUUCCCUUGCUUGGAAACAUGGAUGUGUUCACCUGUUUUUUGUCAGAGAAAUGGCAAUAAGUCCUGGACAGCUGACACUUUUUAAGUAUCUCCCCUAUUUGCUACUACUUUUGUGCCUCAAGUGCCCAGUCGUUACGGUGGCCUUCUAAAUGAGUAAAUAACAUUUUCCAAUAUAAAGCAUAUUUGCUUAAAAGGGAUGGGGGAGUGGACGGAUGUAGUACAUGCAAUGGAAAAUCAUAAAAUGUACAAUUCUUCUGUUCCCAAAGUAUUGCUUGUUCUUGAGUGUGUGCCUGCGUGUCGUGUUUUGACUUAACUAGAAUUCUAGUUAAGAUGGUGAUCCCACGGCUUAUUUGUAAACAGGAAGGAUAAAGAGAUGAGCAUUUUAGUCUUUGAGCUCUUCAUCUUGCCCAUUCCUACUCAUUUAUUUUUUCAUUUUUUUGUUGUUAAACAGUUUCUCUCAAGCCACAUCCAUUCUACACUGGCUGAAAAUUAUUUUUUUUUUAGAUGUUUAUCCAACAAGCUUUUUCCCAUGUGAUUGGUUUUAGCCAGAGUUUAUCACAGGUACAAAAUUAGGCGCUGUGACUGUGCAUGUUCUCUAGCUGAUGUUGAAACUUACUGUCUUGAUCAUUUAAAACUAUGUUUUUGUAAAUAUCAGGUUUAGUCCGCUUUCGGGAAUAUCUGCAUGCUAUGGAAACAAAGAAAAAGGAUAGAUAAUAAGUAAUCUGGUUUAAAAGUGUGAUAAAAAUCCUUGGCAUUCUUUGUUCUGGUAUUAAUUGUAUUUAAAUAAGUCAACCCAGUGUAACUCAUUCCAAAUCUUAGUCCAGCUGCCCUGUUCAGCCUGAUGCCUUUUAAAGUUUUAAAGGUGUUAACGUUUUCCUUUUCAACAUGGCAAACAUGUUUUAAAACCUUUUUGGCACAAUGGUGCCACUGUCCUCAUAGUGUUACUUGUUUGGUCACGAAUUUUCAGGCCCUUUCAGUAAGAGGAGAAAGGCAUUUACCUGGUUAACGGCCCCAUUAGUAUACAUUGCUCUAAGGAAGAAAAAAAAAAAUCUUUGAAUAUAUCAAGAAUGGGCUGUUCCAGAGGCAUUCCCCUCAUUUUACUCAGGAGAAACUAUGCACUAGGUUCCCACUACAUACAAUGUGACCUUUUUUUCCCCUUUCUCUGUACACACCCCAGAUGUGUGCCAAGCAAAUGAGAAUGAGGGCUGUUGACAAAACAUGAAGAAGCUAGUCACCAGAUUGAGAUGGACAUGCUGCUAACUGCUGACAGCUUGACCUGAGCAGUCCUAACUUGUAUCUGGUCUGUUAGCAUUGGGUUAGAUUGACUAACACAGUAAAUAAAAUUCAACCGUCAUAAGACACGCUACAUCUGCUAUCAUCAAGAAAUAAAUCAUCCAGAAGAAACUUUCUUUCAUCCUGUGGUCACACCCUUUUCUUAAGAGCUUCUUUUCUAAAAUUAUGACAGACGAAUUUCAUUCUUUAAAAUCACUUAUCUUCUUCCACACUUGAAAUAUUUAAAUUAGGUGGUUUUGCUUUUCCCUCUCAUUAUUUAUUUUUUUGGGAUGGAUCUAAGAUGGGAAAUAAAAGAUACCAAAAAGACUGGAGGGAUCACAGUGUUUCCAUCACAACUAAGUAGAGGGUCGGUUCCUGCCCUGGUUUGGGGGUAGCUAGAAAAGGAAAUCAGGAAUGCACUGGAAGUGUUGGCUUGAGGGAAACGACUGGCAUAGCUCUGCCUUGCAGUGGGUGAGAGCAUAUUGAUGCUAGUGACCUGCAGAGUUCCCAUGACCAGGUGAGUUGGCUCUGAGAAAGGGGUUAGGAAAGCAAGAACAGCUGCAUGGAAUAGCUGAAGUUCCUUUGGGGUCAGGAGGAGCCAACAGUUGUGGGGUUUUGGUUGCUUUUGCUUUGUUUUUGAGUGUGAAGUCUUGCUGGAAUCCCCUGAGAACCGAAAGAUGCCAGGGGUCAGCGAGGCUAUAGAAAAGGCCAGUGGUAACACCUCACUUUCAUCCUAAUGGAGGAGUAGGUGCGAAUGGCACCAGCGUGGAUCAUUCCUUUCUUGAUCAUCACUCGUGCUUGCCACUGUAGCAACACAACAAAGCCAUGAUUGUAAUUAAUACUAGGCUAAAGACCUUGGUCAAAAUGGGAGCUCAUUUACUGUUCUAUGACAUAAACAAGUAACUUCUCUUUUCAUAUCUUCCCUCAGAGAUAAACCACGUGUGGUAGUCUUGCUUGCGCUAGUACUAAGGUCAUGUUUGAUCUGUCCCAGACGGUCGCAUAUUUCCUGUGGCUAGAGUGUUGCUCACCAUAAAUGGUCAUUUUCAAACAGUACUAUGUAAAUGCAGCUGUACAACUGACCAGUGAGUUAUCUCUCAUCACUGUUGCCCACAUACCCGUCCUUCCUUGUGUAGUUUCAUCAUCCUCAUCCUUCCCACAUCUUGCGCAAAAUGAUUUUCUGUGGUCAUUCGGCAAUAACUGUAUGUCACAUACUGUCUUUUUGGCAUUUGUUGAAAAAUCCAAAUGCUUAAUAACAGAAGGUUUAAAAAAAAACUAAGCAUUUUUACAUGUACACUGAAUUGGAUCAGCAUUAUUGUUCAUUAUAAUGCUAUAUAUAUUUUUGGAGCAGCAUACUAUAGUUGUCAUAAAACUAUCUUUAUUCUUCUCCUCUAAAGUGUUGUUGUAAAUUCAUUUGACCUUUACUGCAGGAAAAAAAAAAUCUUUUUUAUAUGGGGUAUGAAGACAAGGCUCAGUUUGUAACAAAUAGUGGACCAUUACAAAAGAGGAAAGAAAAAAGCCAGGGCUGAGCAGCAAGAAGCUUCAGUUCAAUUUCACCUCAUAUCUUUCUAAUAACGUACUUGUCACUUUAUUACCUUCCAGUAAUGUGAACGCUGCUGACAAGACUGUCACACUAACAGCAGACAACACCCUCUCUGCUUCAGCCCAGCUCUCCUGGCUACUUAUUGCCCUGGCCCUGAAGGGACACAAACUAAUAGUGUGCUUUCCAGUUCAGCACUUGGCCAUCAAAUAUAAAAGGAUGCGUAAUUGCCUGUUUAUCCCCUUGUGAAGGAGAAAUUGACUACAAGGGCUAGGCUUUCCCAUCGAGUUCCCUGAUGUACACACACAUCCACAAUCAGUCAGUCUUUCUCUCCCUCUCUCUCUCCCUCUCUCCCUCUCUCUCCUCUCUUCUUCCCUGUUGUACUCCCCUCCUAACACACAAGCACAUACACACACCUACUGUGUCUUUGGGAAGCCCAAGGCUGCCUCUCGGUGCCCUCUCCAGCUAUUAAGUGGACAGUAACAAGAUGACUUCUUAAAUAAAGGGUCAGUAGAGAGACGCUGUCUGUGACAGCAUCCUUUGCUUCUUUGAAAACUUAAGUAUUGCAGUUCCAUUUUGAGAGUAAUGGAUGUGGCCCUAUAAUUAGAGCAAAUUUUCCUGCAAGUCAGUGGCAUAAAUAAGAUGGGAAAAGAUUCAAAUAUUUUUCUUCCCCUUCAAAAAGUACAUGUUGUAAACUGGUUAUACACAGUGGUAAUUAUUUUUCCUUGUCCUUGGCAUCAAACCAUGGAUCUAGAUGUACAAAUGUAUCUUUCAGUGACCCCUCCAAAUCCAUAGUGUAACAUGAUAGAUUAACUUUUAUUUUGUCCAACUGGACUGACAAUCUAAAAAAGAUGGCACCAGGCUUUUGACUUUAAUCAUUAAAACAAGGACCACCCUAUGGGUAAAAGGUAAAUUCUCCACUUCGAAGAACUUUGGUAAGUAGAAGUACAGGGAGCUUUAGAAAACCAAGUGAUGGGGACCAAAGGUACAAAGGAAGAAUACAUGAAAAUGUUAUAUUCCAAAAUGCCUUGAGCCCAAACAAUGUGUCAGGAUUGGCUGCUAUUUUUGUAUAUUGAAAUACUCAAAUGAUGGUUGGAAAGUGACUAGAUAGUGACUAAAUGAAGUGCAAGAUCUAUCGAGCGUCUUCUUUCUGGAACUAGGGGAUGCCAUGCUUCCUUCCAACCUUCCCACAGCACGUCUCAGAGAAGAUAGUUGGCCCCAUUACAAACAGUCACAUUUCAAUAAGAUAUUAGUCAGCCAGGUAAGACACAUCAGCUAUCGGUAUCAUCUUCCAUGUGAACUUUAGCAAGGAGAGAAAAGCAGCAGAUUUAGAGAUAGACAAUGUAACAGGUCUAUGUUGACAAAUCUGCGCUAAAUAAUUUCAUGAACCAGUCUGAGGACUGGAAAGAAAAGCACUUUGAGCAAGUACUCUUGGGUUAGAGCAAAGGCAGUUAGUUGACAUGAUACUUAAGUUCCUCAGUAUGUAUAUAUUACAAUCGUUUAUCGGACAUCUUAAUAGAAUCUUAAUUGAAAACCCAGUUGCCAAAAUUGCACAAGUUCUGCUCGCCGAUAUUAGCUUUCUCCCCUUAACUCGAAAAUAACAGGGAUGCUUAAGGACAUUUGUAAUCGUUUUUUUAAUGCUUUGUUUCACUUUUUUAAAAAAAGAAUCUUUGAAGGGAAGGAAGAGCAGAAAGAAGUAUUUUAAGAAAAAUGGAGAGAAAUAGAUAGUAUUAAAAGUAUAUUUCUUGAAAAGAGAGUAUCUAAGUGCUAUACCAAGAUUUUAUAAGGCUUCCUGUUGCCAAAUGUGAUGUUGAGAUAAUGCACAGCUAAGAUGGCAAAUCCAUCAAUUAUUAACUGGCUCUGCCCACUUCUGUCAUGGAAUGCAAGGAUUGAGAGGUGACUCUGGGGAGACCCUGGGUGAGUGAGAGAGCUCCAUUCAUCUGGCCCUGGAUAUGGUUCUCAAAAAAGGGAGAAAGCUCCAGUCCCUGCAAGGUGAACUGACCCGGCACUGUUUCAGUGGGAGCCUCACUGCCUGCCUUUUCCAUGCUAGGAGACAAAGCAUCCCCUACCCCAUCUGUGAAUCAGUGCUGUGGCCACUGUGAGAAGCAUUGAUUCAUGAGGUAUGAUGCUCUUGAACUCCCAGACAAUGUGCUGAGUUAAUAGGUUCACUUGAGAUGUAUCAACCAAGGCUGACUUUUUAUUUUUUUAAUCUAGUAGCCAAUCUGGAGUGUUUUUGCAUGUUUUUGUACAGAGUAAUCCAUCCCUCUCAUUGUGUAUCUUAAUCUCCUCUGACUUUUCCAUUGUCUUUCGCAAUCCCACCCUUUGCUCUUUGGAUCUCACCAACCCCCUUAAAAUAAAAAAAUCGUGUUUGAACAAGAAGGUAGAACACGCCUUCCUCAUCCUGGUUUUAAUCGCUUUCGCUUUGGAAAUAUGUGUUCUACCCUGUCCAGGGUUUACAUAACGUGAAUUAAGUGAAUGAGAUGUUCUAGUGUUAUAUCUUAACCUGAUGAGACUAAGAUUUCUAGUAUAUGGUGCUUUCGCUGUCCUGUGCAAACUUUGGUUCAGCUUCUCUGCAGAGAAUCUUACCAUUUUCCUGCCAGUGCCAGUAUAAAGAAUGCAGGAGAGCUAAACAUGGGUACAUGAAGGUCGGAGGGGUGAGGACGGUCGAGAAGUGGGGAGAAGACUUGGGCUUGAGACGACCUGGGCUUUUCGUGUGUAGCCCACUCAGCAGUAUGAGGAUGACUGACACACUAGUGCGUGAUUUCCAAGUGAGGCAAAUGCCCAUUUCCCCACUCCCCUCACACCCUGCCUGGCUUCUUCCAUGAAGUCCUUGCUGCUUUUCUGUCUCCCCAAAGGUAAGGAGAAGGGGCAGGUUGGGGAUCUGGGAAAGCAAGUUCUCUGUUCUCUCCUGCUGGUGAUGGAAUAGGCCUUUUAGAACUAGCAAGAUCCCUCACACAGCUGGGAGAACAUAUACCUUUCUUACUCGCUCCAGACCCAUUGGUGUGUCUCCAGUAACAAAAGUAUUAGACUCAGCCUGCAUAUUUGACAGCAAAAGUGGCCAAAGGGAAUUGAAAUAUCUUGAAGAAAAGGAAUUUUCACCAAGAUAUGUCCUCUCCCUCUCCCAGAGUUUAGCUGUUUAUUCCUUUUUGUUUGUUUCUAUUGUUCUCAUCUGCAUAAAACCAGUCUCUUCCAAUAAGCCUGCCACAGAAUCAAAGUCUGUACUACAAACGGUAACUGCACCAAGGGAUGGGACCGUGUGCAUCACCCUGAUCUAAUCAUUGUGACGUUGGUAGCUUCCUAAAUACUGUAUGUACCUUGAACAAGGGUUUUAUUUUUGUUUGGUUCUGUUUUGCUUUUUGUUUUUAUUGGUAGUCUAAGGUAAUUAAAUUUUUUAAUUUGCUAUUACUUUGGUUGUAUUUUCUGUACUAUAACUGCCUACAGUAUGUCUUUUGCAUAAAAUGCAUAAGGGUUUGGGGAUGUAAAUGGAAUUUUAUUCAUAUUUUGUCCAAAUACCUCUUGUAAUUUGUAUCAAAAUUCUUGUACAAUUUUUAUAUUAAAGAUUUAUCAGUCACUGA